AUGUUUUCUCCGGCGGGGGAGAAGCAGAAAAAGAAACUACCCGUAAUAAAACGCUUCGCUCCCGUCCUAUCAAGCCAUAUUGAUCUUACACCUUCUGCAGCGCCAGUGUUAGAAGCAUAUAUCGAUGAUAAUUCCUCAGCUUCAUCUAAAGGAAGUAAAAAGGCAAUAGCACCGAAAAGCAAAUUGUAUGAACCGACGCUGGGCACUAGUGUUUCAUUCGAAUUGCUUCCACAUUCACAAAAUUAUAAUGAUCGUCGAAAAAAUCCGCCCGGUGAUAUGGUCAAUGAUUUAGAAAUACCGAUUAUUAGCAUAUCAAAAUCUCAUCCAAUUACACCGAAUACUUCUACAAAGUUUAAAUUAACAGAUUUUAUAAAAAGUGCGCCCGACGGUGCCGCUCUUCUUAUCCCUGAUGGGAUAUAUGAAGAAAAUAUCGUACUUAAGAAACGAAUUAACUUAGUUUCCAAUGGCAAAACGGAAAUCCGAUCUCAGCCAGGUAAAAAUAAGAGUACUAUUAUAAUAAAGGGACCAAAUAUAUCAUUAUCAGGCAUUACUAUAUCCUCAAAUGAUAAUUCUGCCAUUACUGUCGAAUAUGGAUCAGUUUUAAUUGAAAAUUGCAAACUAAUUUCCAACGAACAACCAAGUAUUACAAUUUUACCCGAAAUGUAUGCAUCUAUAGUCAAUUGUGAUAUUACAUCCAAGUCAAUUGGCAUCUUUAGUCAAGAUGGAAUCAUAGAAUCACAAAAUACAACAAUUCAUGAUACAACUGAUGAUGGAAUACUCCUAUCAGGAGCUUCCGUUGCAAAAUUUAAUAAUUGCAGUAUUCUAAAUGGAGGAAAAAAUGGAAUUUCAUCAAAUAAUUCUUCCAGAUUUAUAAUUGAUGGCUGCAAAAUACAAUCAUGUGCCUUACAUGGCAUAAACAUCACUGCUGCAUGCCUCUGCUCCAUUAUUAUUCAAACUUCCAUCACAGAAUGCGGUCAAUCUUGUAUUUCUGCUUCUCUUCUAUCAACUCCCAAAAUUAUAGGGUGUAAAUUGGCAGAUUGUUAUGGUCCUGCUGUAAUUCUUAACGACGGAGUUGGUUGUACAAUGAGAAAUAAUUCAAUUGAGCAUUGCGGAGGGAUUGCGUCCGUAAUCAUCCAAUGUAAUGCUUCCCUGCAUAGCUCAGGUGAUAAAUAUUCUAAAACAGGCCCAAUAGCGAUCCUUGCUGCUGAAAAUUCGAAAAUUGAAUUGAAUCAAAUAAAUUUUUCGAAUAUAAAAGGGACCGCAAUCUCAUUAUCGCAUGCCACACAAGCUAUAAUUGAUGAUUCAUCAUUCUCACAUAUCUCAAAAUACGGAAUAAUCUCAAAUCUUUCAGAAAUUUCAAAUUUGAAUGUGAAAUGUUCGAAAUUCAAAGACUGCCAAAUUGGUCUUUGUUUUUUGGGAUCAAAGCUGAAUUCUAACGUGACGAUAAGCUCCUGCAGCUUCAAUUCAUCGAGAUUAAGUGGGAUUCAGCUUCUUUGUUGCUCAGGAGAGGUAAAAAUUGAAAAAUGCAAUAUUAAGAAAAAUCAUGAGUGUGGGAUCUUGUUGCAAGAGAGUACAAAUGUCAAUAUAUCAAAUACUGAUAUAUCUGGUAACUUUUUUUCGGGUAUUGAGUCCUCAAAAUCAAAUAUAAAAUUUGAGAUAGGAAAAAUAUCUGGAAAUGCUAUGGGUGGAUGCUGUCUUAGACAUGGCAGCACCAUGAAUAUGAAGAAAAUCGAGUUCUUGAAGAAUGGAGUCUCAAGUUUGUCACUUGAGUCGAAAUCUUCUUCGAUUGCUGAAGAAACAAUUUUCAAACAGACCAAUGGCUAUGCGUGUUCGAUAGUUAGGCAUAGCUUGUUAACUUUGAAUGGCUGCCACGUUGAAAAUCAUAAAGAUGUCGCUGUUCAAAUAGAAGGUCGCAAUUCAAAGCUUGUUUUUGAUAACACGACUUUAUCAGAGAAUGGUAUUGCUCUUAUAGCUUCGGAUUCUUCGCAAGUUACGAUCAAAAACACUUUAUUUGAAAAUAAUAAUCUCCACGCAGAAGUAAGAGACAAUGCAUCGCUGAAAGCACAAUUCACAAAAUUUGCAGGUGCUAAAGGACCACUUGGAAUUCACUCAAUCUCUGGAUCUACAAUUUAUUUACAAUCUUGCAGUUUGAACCAGAAUAUGGGUGUUGCUCUUGCAUGUGCUUCUUCUGCAGCAAUAGUUACAUCUGCUUUCAUUUCAAAUUCGAUUUGCGGCUUUGUUUUGUAUUCUCCACAAGCUUUGGUCGAAGUUGAAGGCGGAAGUAUAGAGAAAAAUGGAGAAGUAGGAGUAUGCAUCUACGAUGGAACAAUAAAGAUGCAGAGAAGUGUUGUACAAGACCAUCAAUGCGCUGGAAUCGUUGUUGCACAGAAGGCGAAAGCAAUUAUAGGAGAAAUCCAAUUUACAAACAAUGGUCUGAUGAAUAUAAAUCGUGAAUGA